CGAAAUAAAAAAAAAAUAAAAUCAAAAUCUAAUAGAAAAAAUUUACACCAUAGAACCAAGGAGAAAAAAUAAUCGAAGCAAUUUUGCGUUUUCUGUUCCUCAACCCUUCUACUUACUUGUAAAAGAUCGACCAAAGAAACAUAGCCAAAAAUGAAGAUGCUUAAUUCCUUCAACCUAAAGAGAGCUGCAGCUGGGAUUAAACGCAUUAAUCUUGACGGUCUGCGGUGGCGGGUUUUCGACGCCAAGGGUCAGAUUCUUGGGAGGUUAGCAUCUCAAAUAGCUACUGUUGUUCAAGGAAAGGAUAAGCCAACUUAUACUCCUAAUCGUGAUGAUGGCGAUAUGUGCAUUGUGCUUAAUGCCAAGGAUAUUUGCGUGACUGGGAGAAAACUUACUGACAAGGUCUACUACUGGCAUACUGGGUAUGUCGGCCACCUUAAGAAAAGAACUUUGAAAGAUCAGAUGGCGUUAGACCCUACAGAUGUUAUUCGCAAAGCUGUUCUACGUAUGCUGCCUAGAAACAAACUGCGUGAUGAUAGGGAUCGAAAAUUAAGGAUCUUUCCUGGCAGUGAACACCCUUUUAGUGAUCGGCCACUUGAACCUUACGAGAUGCCUCCUAGACAAGUACGAGAAAUGCGACCCCGAGCAAGGCGUGCAAUGAUUCGGGCACAGAAAAAAGCGGAGCAGCAACAAGAGAAUGCUGAGCAGCGACAACAGAUUGCCGAUGAAAUGAAGAAUGGCAAAAAGAUCGAAGCACAAGAAGAGUGUGCAUGAAAACGGUGUUUGCUCAUUGGGGUUGGUCCUGACCUAUGAGUUAUAGUUUGAAUGAAAAGCCAUCUUUAUCUCUUUGCUUUUGGAAAUUUUUUGCAAUGCCAUAUUGAAUUGUGUUGGAAUUCUUUUGUUUUAAAAGUAUCCUUAUAAGAGCAUUACAUAAAGUAGCAAAUUCUUUGUGAUAAUGCUUCAAGUUACAUUUGACAUAUAUUUUAAGGACAAAGUUUGGCAUCAAUUUUUAAUAUUUCAAAGAUGGAAGACAUCAAAUAAUUCUUCCAAAUAUGUAAAGUGACAUCAAAAUGAUACAUGAGAUUAAUUUGGAUUGUUUUGA